CGCCUCCAUCUUUUGCCCCGCCUCUUGCUUCUUCCAAUACCUGGUUUCGCGGACUUCCAGGCCCUGGCCGGGGCGACAUCGGUGCUAGAGCCCAACCGCUGCAUUCUCAGCCAUAAUCACAGUUUGAAUGAACUAUUCCAAUUAUUUAGUAACACUUUUAUAAAAGUAGAGAAAAAGAAUACACUAUGUCGGAUGAAAUCUUCAGCACAACUUUGGCAUAUACCAAGAGUCCAAAAGCUACCAAGAGAACUUCUUUUCAGGAUGAGCUGAUCAGAGCAAUUACAGCCCGGUCAGCCAGGCAGAGGAGUUCUGAAUACUCAGAUGACUUUGACAGCGACGAGAUUGUUUCUCUAGGCGAAUUUUCAGAUACCUCAACAGAUGAAAGUCUAGUUAGAAAAAAGAUGAACGAUUUUCAUUUAUCUGACGAUGAGGAGAAGAAUUCUCCAAGAUUGUCUUUUUUGAAAACCAAGAAUGUAAACAGUGACCUAUGCAGAGAGGAGCAGGAGCUCGUCAGCCAGCACAGCGAAGGCGUGUCACCUGAUGUUCAUGACGAUGUGGCCGGAAACUCCUCUUCCAAAUCGCAGAAUGAUGCUCAAGAAGUCGGAAAAGAGAUCAUUGCAAUAAAGCCUAAACCCAGAGUUCUCACCAAACGCAGUCCAUCUCCAGGGGAAAACGGCGGCAGCUGUGAAGCCGAUAGCCAUUUCAAGCCUUCACCUCGGCCCAGGAGUGUCAAAAAGAGCAGCCCCACGGAGGAGGGAGACAGAGUAGAUGACCAGGAACAUUCCCCGAGUGAAGAUUCUGUCCCCAGCCCUGCCCUCCCAAGGCAGAAUGGCACAACGGGGGAAACUGAGGAAAAAGCACACUCUGAAAACCUUGAUCUUGAGCAGGACUCACUCCUACAAAGUCUGACCUCAUCAUCCCUCAAAGAAAGCCCUGGAAAUUGCACCUCACCGGAACCUCAGGAAAAAACAUCCAUGAAAGAUCAUGAUGGAGAACCCAUAGAACUCUGGGAUUCCCUGAUAUCAAAUGAAAACGAAGAAACUUCGGUUUUGGUAAACUGUGUUUCUCCUGAACUUGAGCAAGCCGAUGCAGGUCAGGUGGCUGCUACUGACAAUGACGAAGCCAGAGCGACGGCUGGGCUCACAGAUGAUGACCUCACCACUGACCCACUGCUCUCCACGUCCCCGAGUGUCGUCACGCCAACUGAGACAGCAGAGCCAGCCAAGAAAGCAAACGAAGACCGAAACAUGAAGAAUAAAAAGGCAACCAAUGGUCGAGUGUCGAGUGCCUCUGGCAGGCUGAUGACCUCUGAGUUUUUGAAGAAAUCCGGCCCCACACGGAGAAGUCCAUCCGCAGCUACCUCUUCUCACUACCUAGGGACAUUGAAAGUCCUGGACCAGAAGCCAUCACGGAAGCAGAGCCUGGAGCCAGACAAAGCUGAUCAUAUAAGGGCGACCGUUUACCAGGAGUGGCUGGAAAAGAAAAAUGUGUAUUUGCAUGAAAUGCACAGGAUAAAAAGAAUCGAAAGUGAAAACUUACGGAUCCAAAAUGAGCAGAAAAGAGCUGCUAAGAGAGAGGAAGCAUUAGCAUCGUUCGAGGCCUGGAAGGCUAUGAAAGAAAAGGAAGCAAAGAAAAUAGCAGCAAAGAAGAAGCUGGAGGAAAAAAACAAGAGGAAGACGGAAGAAGAAAACGCCGCGAGGAAAGGCGAGGCCCUGCAAGCCUUUGAGAAAUGGAAGGAGAGAAAGCUGGAGUACCUAAAAGAGAAGACCAGGAAGGAGAAAGAAUAUGAGCGAGCAAAGAAACAGAAAGAGGAGGAGACGGUCGCUGAGAAGAAGAAAGACAACUUAACUGCUUUUGAGAAAUGGACUGAGAGAAAGGAGGCUCUUCUCAAGCAAAAGGAGAAGGAGAAAAUCAACGAGAGGAGAAAGGAAGAGCUGAAGAGAGCGGAGAAGAAAGACAAAGACAAGCAAGCCAUCAGUGAAUACGAGAAGUGGCUGCUCAGAUUCCGCCAUGGCCUCUCCUUUCUGGCUGCACUUCUGAGGUUGCCCAAAGCAGGAGAAGAAAGAAAGGCAGGAAAGAAUUGAACGGAAACAAAAGAAGCGCCAUUCCUUCCUUGAAAGCGAGACCCACCCUCCGUGGAGCCCUCCCAGCAAAACUGUGUCCUCGAGAGUAUUUUGACAACUCAGGUUCUUGAUUUAUCCAUUCACCAACUUUGCCCAUGGAGUUGGAACCGUUCAUCUCAUUAUUUGUGGUUAGAAGAGUCUGUUUCAAUUGCCUGCAGGAAUUCUGCAGAGCGCAAGAGAGGUGCUUUACAGUGUAGGCAGUGGGAGCUGUUUUCUCAAGUGUAGAUAAACCGCCUCAGGCGAGAAGCCGGGCAGAUUGCUGAGAUCCAGAUGCAUGACGCUUUGUCACGUCCUAGUCACUGCUGACGUGGGUGGUCUGUGUCACUGAGUUCUGCGUCUUUUAAAGCGUGGUUAGUCCCACCGACCAAAGGCUGCCAUCCAAGGAAUGAUUCAGGUCGUGAAAGCUCGUGCUUCUGGAUUGGACUUUGGGAAUUAACAGUCCCUGGGGAGUAUGGGCAGGUUAUUCUAAUUCCGCCCAGAACAGCAUCUCCGCUGGGCAGGCUGAGACCGCAGAGCUCUCGUCAAAGAUCCUCGCCUUCCGGUUUAAUCUCAGUGUGCGUUGCCUGUGUGAGCCUCACCUGACAAUCAUGGCCAUUUCUGUAAUGGGUUCACUUCUGAAACUUUUCUUUCUAAAUUCCAUCUCAGUGUGCUUAUUAUUUGGUCAAAAGCCAGCAAUUUGAUGGUAGCGGUGUCUUAUACAGUAGCUUUGAGAAUUUCAUAGGGGUCCAGGGUCAUUGUCAAAAUUCUUUCUAGACUAAAGUUAUAAAGAUCAAUGAAGGGAACUCUCACCUUCUCAACUAACCUAGAAUGCUUCAACUUGACUUUAGAAGCAGCUGAAUAAGAAAGUAACUUUGUAAAAAGAUUAAGAUUUAUUUAUUAAUUUAUUUGACCUCUGCUUCUCCCCGCAUCAUCUGGUCCCAUACGUGACUGGUCAUUUCCUGACACAGACCAGCUGUGGCCAGCGGCUGUAGGCAAUAAUGUGCUGCAGAGACAAUCAAUGGAAAGCACGAUCGCUGCUGUCCCCUGAGCUCUUCUGUCAGCUCUGCUGCCUCCUGACAGAUGGAAUUUGUCAGCUGUGUAACAACUAUUCGGGGUAGGUGUUCUUAGCUUUACUGCGCAGAUAAAAAUACUGAGGCUAAGCAAAUCUGAAAUAACUUGCCGUACAGCAAACAUCCGAGCAGUGGGACCCAACCCCACUGUCUUCCUCGUCCUUGAGACCUGUGUGACCUCAGAGACAGUGGCUGACUUCUCAGUCAGUCAACCUCACAAGCACUUGUCACUCCCAAGGCGUUGAUUCUGCAGUGCUGGUGAGUCAUGGUCCUUGCCUGCUGCCUCCAGAUUCUGUACCUCCUUACGUCUAAAAUGAGGCAAGGACUCAUGGGAUCUCAGAGGUUCAUCACACAUAGUGUUAGCAAAGUCAGCAGCUUGUGCAAGACCCAACCGUAGGAUGUGCACAAAACGGGAAGUCACAAGAGGCUGUGUGGCAUGGCCAGAGCAGAUCAGAUCACACGACAGACACUCACAGAUGAAGUGAGAAGCCUUUGAUACUGCCAGAAAUGGUCACUGAAAGAGUCUCAGCAGGGUGCUAUUGGUUUGGGAUUCAGGACUUGAAUUUGUGUGUUUUCCCACACCCAAGCCUCCCAGAAUAGACUGAUGCAGGCCUCUUGUAUUGAAGUCAAUA